UGACAAACAAUGACAACUGACAUAUUUAUUUCCUGUGAAUCUUGUGAUGUGAUUACAACUUCAACAAGAAAAUAAAGAGAACAUUUUUAAAUAAUAAACGAACGCGUCACAAAUCGCUUUACUCAUGUGAAAGAAACGAGAGAACUUAAAUUUGUGCUAAUUGUAAUGGAAGUGAGAAGUGAAUACCCCGAUAUGAGUCGGCGAGCCGGUGAAAUUUUCAGGCGUAUCAAUAGAUUCGCCGAUGGCCCUAUGACUAGAAAGAAACUUGUGCUAAUAUUUUUAGUCGUUAUCUUUUUUAUGCUUUACGUCGGGCCCACGCUUAUGAACUGGUUAUUCGGGGAUGAAUACACUGAAAACGGUCAAAACGCUUGUCAGCAACACUUUUUGCAACCGUUCGAAAGAGCGUUAAGUGAAUACGAUGCCUAUUUACGGCACGAGACGUCGGCUACUUCGUCCUCGUUGAGCCACAACUACGUGCCUUAUGUCGGCAACGGCCUGUUUGGCUUGGCCUUAGAACACGACUCGCAUUUAAACAUUAAAUACAGACGAACUUUAUCUUUACCUGUGUAUUAUCACCCAUUGUACAUUGUAGAUGAUUACGAAAUCAAAGAAUUUACUGUUGCGGACUACAAAAAUGGAAUAGUAAACAGAUUUCAGUGUUCAAAUACUGGCAUUCAUAUUUCUUAUCAAUAUUACGCACACCGGACGAUACCAUCAUUGUUUGUGCAAGAAAUAUUGAUAAACAAUCCAAGUAACAAGCCCAGAGCAUUAAAAAUAUCAACACCAAGAGUUUCAGACUGGCCAACAGCGGUUAAGCAAACCAUAAAAUUGCAUCAAGGCAUCGACACUAAAGAAUAUGAAGUUGUGACAGGAAUGAUACCAGUACCUGAAAGUGAGAAUGUUAUUGCCGUAGCUGUUGUGUGCCGAAAAAUGAGUAAUGUAAUCCAAGUCGGAUCUAAAGAUAGCCUUGACCUUCUGAUUUUCACAACCAUUCAAUACAGCAAACCGGUUAAGAAGGCUGAUUAUGCAACACAAAAAGACAUUGUUGAGAAACUUGCUAUAGAGCAGAUGGAGAAAGUUAUUGCUGAAACUGGAGAUAUAACGGCUCUUAGAAAACUACGAGAGAAUCAUUCAAGAGUGUGGCAAGGCCUGUGGUACACGGGCUUCUAUAUUUCAGACUCCAAAGCUCAAGGAAUUAUCAAUGGUGAUAGAAUUAAUGCAACAAUCUAUAGCAUUCUGUCACAGGUUCGUAGUUAUGAACAUGAAGAUAACAUGAAAACAUCAACAAAAUCAGAGAUAUUAAGGUCAUUGACUUAUUCGGAAGGCUGUUAUGAAGGCCAUUCCACUUUGGAUGCCUUGAAUUUAUGGAAACCAUUGAAUUCCCUUUCAAGUCUUAAUGCAGUAGCGAGUGUAUGGCUUUUGACAUUAGAAAAACAAGGAUGCCAUAAUCUACUAAAAGCUGGUGCUAGUGGAGUGAGCCAAGCCAUGAUACUGAGCUUUGGAAGUCUACGUUUCAGUAAUCAGCAUCUAGAAUACAAUAUCGAACCCUCAAAAUUACACAGAGACUUCCUAUUCAGAAGAAUCAAUUAUGGAAACAUGACACAUGUUAAUAUAAGUGUCAUUGUACAAGAAGAUAACAAGGCAGCCAUAUUUGUAGCUUUAGAUAGAUCGGAUAAGACGUACUAUGCUUGCGAUGCGGGCUGUUUAGAUUCACCCGUGCAAUUGGGGCCUUACAGAAAAUAUUUCCCUGUCAAAUUAACAGAACCAUUAACUGCUAUAUUAUACAUAACGGCUGAUAAACAGCAUAUGGAGGAUUUGAGGCAUGCCAUACAUGUGAAGGAGGUUGUAGAGGCACCUCCUCACGAGAACCAUGUGAUAGCUUUACACAAACACGGGCAUAGCUUGGGUGGCUUAAAUCCAUUAUUCUGGAUUUCUAUAAUAGUCUUAAUAGUCGUCUUCCAUUUGUUCCUCUGUAGAAUAAUAAUGAAUGAGUUUUGUGACAGCGGUGUUAGCUAUCGUAGGUUAUACAAUAGGCCUUGACUUGCAUAUCGGAAGUUUCCCUUUGCGGUCAAUUUAAUUAUUGCUUGUCUUCGCACAAAAUACAUUAAGUAAGUUAAAUUUGAAAAUUCUGUUUGUAUAGUUCUGAAAAUGCCCUUAAAUUAUGCUUCAUGAGUUUUAGUUUUGUUGUUCCACACUGAAAUGGUCUGUUUGACAAUGAACAUUUGACCUUAACUUGAGUUAAUAUAAAUUAGUCAUCAAUAAACAGAGAAAGUAAUAAAUUUAGGGAUACAAUUUGCCUAUAUUCAAGUAUUCAAAUACUACCAAGUAUUAUAAUUAUUUAUAAAAUAUGAUUUAAGUAAGAAAGAGAUGAAAAUAAAAUUUCAUGUUUUAAUUGCAGCACAGAAUCAUAAGUACAGUAGAUGCCCAAAAAUAAAUAUAAUUAUUUAAAAAAACAUAGUUUAUACUCGUGUUUUCAUAUUAUGAGAAUCAAUUAAAAUAAUAGAAUUAUUAUUGUCUCCAGAAAACCGCGGAAUAUUCCCAGAUGUCUUUCUCGUUGCAAUUACAUAUUUCCCAUGGUAUACUUUAAACGAUUCUCCAAGAACUGAGAACAAAGGAGUUCAUCAGCGCUUUUAAUAAAAAUAAUAUAGAAUAACACGGUAGCCCUGAGAAACAAUGGGUGAUAGUGUAAAAUGGAAAUUUAUUUUUGGGCGUCGAUUAAAUUUAAAUUAUUGACGACAAAUGAAUACAUAAUAAUGACAGUACAAGUCAAACAGCUACAUAUAAAAAUAAUAUUUACAAUUACUUUUAACAGCAAUACUUUCGUUGAUAUGUAUUGUAAGGUGACCAACUAUUUUUUGUUUGAGAGUAUACUUUGCAAGUAUUUCAUAUGUGAAAAAAAAGAAGAAACGACAAAAAAUAUAUUUUUAAAAACAUUUUUCAAAUCACUGUCAAACUCGUGUCUGGUGUUUGCCCUGUCCUCUGACGUGCCGGAAACGGCAAGCAAUUUAAGCGCGUGAAAUUCAAAUCACUCAAUUUUUUUUUAAAUAUUUUAUAAAAUUGAAAUAAAUUAAUCAAAAAAAAAGUUUAAGAAAUACAAAUGAGUACUUUCAGAGUACAGGAUUUAAAAAGAGUACGGUUUGCGAAAAAAGAGUACAAAACUCAGUAAAUCAGUAUAGUUGGUCACCUUAAUGUAAUGAUUUAAAAUGGACAAUAUUUUUUUUGUUUUUUAAUGAAUGCUCAAAAGCAAAUAUAUUCCAAUAUUUCGGAAAAAAAGUGAGGUUUGUCCACAUAGACAGUUUUAGAAAUAUCAUCAUAGUCCAUUGGCUUUUACUGUUACAUUACAUUUGAUUGUUAAAGAUUGAAAUUGGACAUUCUGCUUGUUCGCGAUCGUGUUACAAUGGGGGCUUCACAUGCGGAAACACGAAAGCGCCCAUGACGUUUCCUGAACAUCUAAUGAACGUAUCUUCUCUGUCUGUAUCGUGAAAGUUACGCAGAUGGUAAUGGCAUGGCCAAUGUUUGUAUCCUCCCAUGAAUUUUAUUUAUUGGCAUUCACAGAGUUAGUAAGAAAGGCACGGUUCGGAAGUAAAACUGUCUGGCUUAAACUCAUCCUCUUGUUCCUUGCAAUUUAAGAAUAUGUAGGAGAUAAAGUGAGUUAGUUGUAUUGACUAUCCUCCUAUUUGAUAAAAAUCGGGAAUUAGAGAAUAUUAACCAUUUCAAUUGUAGGCUAUAUUAUUAUAGCGCACGUGCGACCACAAUUAAUCUCAUAUGUCACGAACGUUCUUAUUGAAGUUAAGAAACGCCGCAGCUCAAUUUAACUUGAUGAUCAAUGAUUCCCAAAGUAGUUCGUAUUGUUUAAAUCGACAGCGCUGGCGUAUGGCGGGAAAAAUGGCGUCUAAAUGUCUGAGAGUGGAUGGAGUCACUGAGAAAAAUAAACCGUGUAAUGCCUAUUGGAGUUUGUCGAAAACGAUAGCAGAUCAUAAAAUCUGAUUUAAAUUAAUCAAAUUAUUCAUAACAAAUGUCAUAAUACAAUUUGGUCACGAGAAUGUUUCGAUUUAGGCAGAUGUUGUUUAAAAAGUAGGUAUUCAAAUUAAACUAAAAAUUACUAAAAUAAUGUGAAUUGCGAAAUAAUUAAUUCUGUUUAUGUAUCGCGUCUGCAGACCGAAAACAAUUGAAAUAAAAAUUUACAGUGUAUGGUACCUGCAAAUUAAACGCGCGAAUAUGACUUUUCCUAGCAGCCAUUUUUAUUAAGUUCUUCAAAUCCCAAUGUUUGAUAAAGAAAAUGCCUUUGUGUAAUUUGCGUCCCACUCGUCUCACUACGUUGUAGUGUUUAUUAGUCGCAUUAUUUAUUAUCUAUAUCGUUUGUUUGCGAUCGAAGUGUUUAACUAUUUUUACAUAUACGUACUCUGUCGGUGUAGUAAAUGUGCAACCGUAUGCCUUAACGCUUUGUUCAUUUUAAAUAGUUACAAGAUGAAUAUGUUUAUAUAUAUAUAGAGAGAGAUGAUAAUGAUGUUUGUUACUAAGAUUGUGGUGUAUAUUUUUUUAAAUUAAAGUCAGUUGUACGUUGAGGUAA